AUGGUGACUUUCAAGGAUGUGGCUGUGUACUUCUCCCAGACAGAAUGGGCUGGUCUUUCUCAUCCUCAGAGAGCCCUAUACAGAACUGUGAUGUUGGAGAAUUAUGAGAACUUGACUACUGUGGGAUACUUAAUUCCCAAACCUGCACUGAUCUCACUUCUGGAUGGAGGAGAUUUGCCUUGGGUCCUGGAGUCACAGGAUGAUAUCCCUGCAGAGAGGACCAAAAUAAUCUGUAAAGAUGCUGAGACCAGUAUUGACAAUGAGUCCACAUCAAUACAAAGAAUUUCAGAAAAAAGCAUGAUGUCAUAUGAGCUGCAAAAGAGUAUCCCUCAGAGAACAGACUUCCCAGAAACAUGUGAAGUGGAGAAGCACCAGGGAAUCCCCACAGUGAAAAAUAUUCAAAGAAAGUUUCCAAGAAUCCACUGUGCAAGGAAACCUUUCAGAUGUGAAGACUGUGGGAAAUGCUUCAGCUAUUAUUCUUACUAUGUUAGACACCAGAGAAUUCACACUGGGGAGAAACCCUUUGAGUGUAUUGAGUGUGGAAAAGCCUUUAAUGGCAAUUCUUCAUUAAUUCGGCACCAGAGGAUCCACACUGGAGAGAAACCCUAUCAGUGUGAGGAGUGUGGGAGAGCCUUUAAUGAUAAUGCAAAUCUGAUCAGACAUCAGAGGAUCCACAGUGGGGACAGACCCUAUCACUGCAGAGAGUGUGGAAAUAGUUUCACCAGUAGUUCUGAGUUUGUUAUACAUCAGAGAAUUCACACUGGGGAGAAAGCCUAUGAGUGUAAUGAGUGUGGAAAGGCAUUUGUUGGUAAUUCACCACUAAUUCAGCAUCAGAAAAUCCAUACUGGAGAGAAACCCUAUGAGUGUAAUGAAUGUGGCAAAAGCUUUGGAAGGACUUCCCAUCUUAGCCAACAUCAGCGUAUUCACACAGGGGAAAAGCCUUAUUCUUGUAAAGUAUGUGGACAAGCCUUCAAUUUUCAUACAAAAUUAACUUGGCACCAGAGAAUUCACAGCGAAGAGAAACCCUUUGAUUGUAUAGAUUGUGGAAAAGUCUUCAGUGCUCAGGAACAAUUAAAAAGGCAUCUAAGAAUGCAUAUUCAGGAGUCUUCCUGUAUAUGUGAUGAGUGUGAAAAAGUCUUCACCAGUAAAAUAAAUCUUCUUCAGCAUCAAAGAAUCCACACUGGAGAGAAACCCUACAAGUAUAGCAAGCAUGAGAAAACCUUUAGGACUUCUUCCCAGCUAAAUCAUCUUGAGAAUAUUCACUCUGGAGAGAAGCCUAUGCUGGACAUUUGUCAUUUUGGCCUCCCAGAAUUUUUUACCCCCUUUUCCUGGUAAUUGUACACUUAGUUUCCUUUUGGAUUUCAUCUUCUACUCAGGAGUGGACACAGGCCGGACUCAGCCGCAGAUUCUUCCUUCGAGCCACAGUUACUGGUUCAGAUGUCAGUGGUGGUCCAAGAUGACCCAGUCAGAGUCCCAGAAUUGCAAGAGCUAAUAGGGAGAAAUACUCUUUUUUUCUCUCUCUCUCUCUCUCUCUCUCUCAUUGGUUUUAAAGCUGAGUGGAGAUCCUAGCUUCUUGUGGGGUCUGAGAAUAAAGUCAGCACAGCAAAAGAGAUAGUUGAGAAUUGGAGAGCAACCAAAUCAUGAAGAUAAUGUUUGAGUAUCUACAUUAAACCAUGUCUGGAGCUAGAAAUACAUGUGGGUUUUUAAAUUCCAGUAGCU